AGCCCGAACAAGGCGUAUAACCUCAAGCUUGGGAACAAAUAUCUGUCUGUGUAUUGUUCCAUGGAUGGGGAACUCGGAGACUGCGGUGGUGGGGGAUGGACGCUGGUCAUGAAGAUUGACGGUGCAAAGCACAACUUCAACUACGAUUCAAAAGCGUGGUCUUCCAGGUCUUCAGUGUCUCCCGAAAAUGGAGACACGGGGUUGGCUCACUUUGAGACCCUGUUACCAACGUACUGGAGCACGUCCUUUACCAAGAUCUGUCUCGGCAUGAAGGUCGAUGGAGCAACCAGGUUCUUGCGAGUGAAUAGGGCAGCAGCCUCACUGUAUGCCCUCAUUGCUGAUGGUCAGUACCGUGCAACCUCCCUGGGUCGUGAUGCAUGGAAGGGACUGGUUGGUCCCAAAGCCUCCCUCCAGGGCAACUGUAAUCGAGAAGAGUUCAAUACGCAGGGAACUUUAAGUAAUCGUGCUAAGAUGCGAAUUGGUAUCAUUGCUAACGAGCAAAAUGAUUGUAGUUCCCCUGAUUCCAGAAUCGGGUUUGGUGGAUGGGGACCGGUAGCCGAAGUCCCGUGUGGAAACGUAGCCAGAGACGGCGGGGACAACGGAGACCAAACCAUCAGAGCCUUUGGAUACAUCUUCGUUCAGUAAAGACACUGAACUGCUCUUCUCAAGGAAAAAGUUGCACGAUAUAAAGCAUGCUCUUAUCUCAGUAAUGGGGAUUUUAAAUGUGGGUUUUUGCUUUUGCUAUUAAAUGAAGGGAAAAUAAAAGUGGGUCAAUGAAUCAAAA